UCUUAUAUUCCACUUAUUAAGGAUGGUUAAAUUCAUCAAAGCCGGAAAGGUCGUCGUGAUCCUCCAAGGCCGUUAUGCUGGCAAGAAAGCCGUUGUCGUUCGUAACCAUGACGAAGGAACCAAGGAUAGACCCUAUGGUUAUGCUGUUGUCGCUGGUAUUGAACGUACUCCCCUUAAGGUCACCAAGGCCAUGGGUAAGAAGAAGGUUGCUAAGCGUUCUAAGGUUAAGCCUUUCGUCAAGAUCAUCAACUACAACCACAUGAUGCCUACUCGUUAUGGUUUGGAAUUAGAACAAAUUAAGGGUACCAUUUCUGCCGAUACUUUCAAGGAACCUUCUCAACGUGAAGAUGCUAAGAAAGUCAUCAAGAAGCUCUUUGAAGAACGUUAUCAAACCGGCAAGAACAAGUGGUUCUUCAGCAAGCUUAGAUUCUAAGUUGGACAUGCAUUUUUUAAUUUAAUUUAAAGAAUUAAAAAAAAAACAGCUAUUGUAUAAUCACAA